AUGCUGGACUCCGAACUACACAAGCUGCGGAAUGUCAACAGUAUUGGAUUAUAUCCGCUCAAAGUCAAGUACGUACACCGCACAAUCCAUGGAUGCCUUACAUGCAAUCGAUUCCACCGCUUGAACUUACAGCAACAGAUGGCUCCCUUACCUGCUGAACGAGUUACUGUCAAUAAGCCUUCCAAUGUGACUGGAUUGGACUUUGCCGGCUCUUUCAUGUGCAAAACCUCCCUUCUGAAACGCACUCAGACCACUAAAGGAUAUCUAUGCAUUUUUGUAUGUUUUGCUACUAAGGCUACCCACUUGGAGUUUCUGUCCUCAAUAUCAACCAACACAUUUAUGGCCGCUCUCUCACACUUCAUUGCCCGAAGAGGUACGCCCCAUACUUUAUUCUCUGAUAAUGCUAAAACGUUCAUAGCUACUGCUAAAAAGCUACAAGAAGUGUCAAGGCUCAUGAGUUUGUUUCCCUCAGAUUUUAAUUGUUUUCUGGCAAACCAUGGAAUAAAUUGGAAAUUUAUUCCCCUCUAUGCUCCACAUCAUGGAGGCCUCUGGGAGGCCGCCGUCAAGUCAGCCAAGAAUCUGCUACACCGCUAUAUAGGUGAUGCACCCCUCACUUAUGAAGAAUACACCACUAUUUUAACACGAAUAGAAAGCAUCUUGAACAGCCGCCCGCUCACCGAAAUGUCCUCACAGCCUACUGAAGCCGCCACAGUCCUGACUCCCGGUCAUUUCCUGGUUGGUGGACCUCUUACUGCGCCGCCACAGCCUAUUGAGAGUGGGAAGGAUACUUGUCACCCGCCGUUGGAGACAUUUAAAUCAGAUGACUCAACAUUUCUGGAGCCGCUGGUCUCAAGAAUAUUCGAGAACACUGCUGGUGGUCAUCAAGGCAAUGAACACUUCGCCUCUCAGCUUGCCGCUGGGUAG